CAUUUUCUUCAAAAAAUGACAGCACAGGAUGAUGUGGAAGCAUAUCUUACCACCUUCGAAAGGACGGCAGAGAGGGAGAAGUGGCCGAAAGAAGAAUGGGCAGGGCUUCUGGCACCAUACCUGGCAGGGGACGCUCAAAAAGCGUAUUUCGACCUGGAGUUGAAAGAUGCACAGGAUUACGAUAAACUAAAGGGAGAGAUCCUGACUAGACUGGGAGUGACCGAUACUGUGAGGGCACACCGCUUCCACCAGUGGUCCUACCGACCGGGACAACCCCCAUGAACACAGAUGUUCGACUUGAUUCACCUGGCACGGAAAUGGUUGCGACCAGAGACCCGGUCAUCCGCCAAGAUCGUCGAGACCAUCGUACUCAACCAGUUUCAGCGAGGUCUACCCCAAGAAGUGAGACGAUGGGUUGGCCAGAACGAGGUACUUUCCGCCGACCAUCUCGUGGGCCUGGUUGAACGGUAUUGUACGGCAGGAACAGCUGAGCAGGCACAGGAGGAAAGAUUCCCGUUCCCCAGGCAUGGGCGAACCAGCGGACAGGGUAAGGCUGUCCCAACAUAUGGAGGGGGAAGAGAGCAGCGUGAGGCCAUGAGGAAAGAAUCAGAAUCAGGCCGAGACACUAAGGGAAAAAACGGAAACCGGGACUGGGUGUCGAGGGGGUCUCCCCCCCGAACCCCUAUUAUCUGUUACAAUUGUAAUCAACCAGGACAUAUUGCAGACUACUGCCCUAUUAAAGAAGAGCCAAUGCAAUGUAACCUUGGUGAAAAUGAAGAUGAUAUACGGUAUGCAUGUCCUGUUGUAACCACUGUACUUGAAAGAUCAAGAAACAAACAUAUGUGCAGGGUGAAGGCAAUUAGAGAAUGGCCGAAACCAGUAAAUAAGAAGCAGGUUCGAGCCUUCCUAGGGCUGACCGGUUACUACCGGAAGUUCAUCCCAAGUUAUGCCACAGUGGCCGCCCCACUUACCGACAUGACUAGAGCCAGAGGGCCAAACAUGGUCAAAUGGGAUGAAAGGGCCACCAAAGCAUUUAGGACAUUACAGGAGGCUCUCUGCUGUAACCCAGUGCUGGUGGUACCAGACUUUGAGAAAGAGUUUGUGGUUCAGACGGAUGCCUCAGAGGUUGGCUUGGGAGCAGUGCUAUCCCAAGAGGUAGAAGGGGUGGAACACCCCAUCCUGUUUUUAAGCAGGAAGCUGGAACCACGGGAAACCAACUACUCAGUCGUUGAGAAAGAGGCGCUGGCAGUAAAGUGGGCUCUAGAAAGCCUGAAGUACUACCUGCUGGGGCGCCACUUCACCCUCAUCAGUGACCAUGCCCCACUCACCUGGAUGCAUAGGGCUAAAGAGAAGAACGCUCGGGUGAUGCGGUGGUUUUUGAGUCUCCAACCGUUUCAUUUUGACUUGAAACACAGAGCAGGGAAGGAAAUGGGAAACGUGGAUGGGUUAUCCCGCAUGCAUGCAUAUUUUGCUGCGGUAGCCCGACCUAGGGGGUCGGAUCUAGGGGGGAGAGAUAUGUGGCAAAGAGUGGGGUCGAGUGAUAAGUGGCAGAUAUUCAACCCCGAGUUGACCUCUCCUUUCAAAACACCAAAGAUUAUCAACUCAGACAUUGACUUUGGGGACUCUGCCCAAACCAAACAACAUGCCUAUUGA